AUGACCACCUUUCCCAAGAUCUACACCGUCAACGGUCCGUCGUCCACAUCCUCCUCUACCCUCCCCACAUGGAUAACCACCAAGCCUCGGUCUGUCCGACCAGCCGGCUCGACGCAUCGUAAACGAGUCAAGACGCAGAGGGAGAUAGGUCAACUGGAGCUCAUACAGGAUUUCGCAUUCCCCGAAGCUGCCAUCAAGAUCAAGACGACGGAAGAUGGAGAUUUUGCCAUUGGGACGGGAACGUAUAAGCCCAUGAUGAAGGUCUGGGAUCUACAUGACUUGACGGUGAAAUUUGAGAGGGUGACAGAUGCUGAGAAUGUGGAUUUCGUGAUCCUCUCCUCCGAUUGGACAAAGACACUCCAUCUUCAACGCGAUCGAUCCAUCUCUUUACAUACUCAAAUGGGCUUACAUCAUUCCCUCCGUCUUCCGACGUAUGGUCGAAGUCUAGCAUAUCACGCACCUUCAGCGGAAGCUCUCAUUGGAUGCACGGGCUCUGAAGUCUUCCGGCUGAAUCUGGAAGAAGGCCGAUACAUGGUUCCGAUAAAAGUCCAGACAGACGAUAUAGAUGGUGUCAAUGUGGUGGACGUCAACUCGCGUCAUGGUCUUUGGUCUUUAGGUCUUGACGGCGGGAGUGGAAUCGUUGAAUUUUGGGACCCAAGAUCCAAAUCGGCCCUCACGAAACUUCUCUUACCUACCUCGACCUUACUGCCUAUGCAGCCACACUACGAUGGAACGGGAAUCAUACCGCCUGAACAGACUCUCAGCGUGACUGCUCUGGCGUCUCAUCCAACGGACGGUCUCUCGUUAGCUGUAGGCACAUCGACGGGCCAUACGCUCUUAUACGACCUCCGAAGUCCGACUCCCUUCGCAAUCAAGGAUCAAGGGUAUGGCGAGCCGAUGAAGAAUGUCGAGUGGCUGAGGUCGGGCGGUGGAGAGGAUGAAGGGAGAGUCAUCAGUGCAGAUAGCAAGGUCGUCAAAAUAUGGAACAAGAAGGAUGCCUCGAGCAACCUUCUCUCCCUCCAACCUCCUUCCACACUCACCCAUCUUCACGCCGUGCCCAACUCCGGGCUCAUCUUCACAGCUUGCGAUGCUCCUCAACUCAAUACCUAUUAUAUUCCCGAUCUAGGUCCAGCUCCUCGGUGGGCUGGAUUUCUGGAUAACGUCACGGAAGAAAUGGCCCAAGAUGCCUCUGGCGGCAUUGGGAAGAGCGCCUAUGUGGAUUACAAAUUCAUCGAUCGUCAAGAGCUCGAGACUCUUGGCCUUACCCACCUCAUCGGUACGCAGACGCUCAAACCUUACAUGCACGGGUUCUUCAUCUCGCUCAAACUGUAUACCACCGCCCGACUCAUUGCCAAUCCUACUUCUUACGCUGAGCAGAGGGAGAAGAUGGUGGCCGAUAAGCUCGCUGCGAAAGCUGAAUCGAGGAUCAGAGCCAGAAAGGAUCAACCGAAGGUCAACAAGGCAUUGGCAGAGAGGCUACGCCGAGCAGACGACAGGGCAGAAGCGGCGGAGAAGAGGAAAAGGGAGAAGAAGGCGGCAGCAGCAGUGGGGGCGGAAGAUGGUGCAAACGACGGUGCGGAGGAAGGAGGUGCUACUGCGCGCUCUGGAGAGACUUUGUUGUCCGAUCCGAGGUUCAAGGAUUUGUUCGAGGAUCCAGACUUUGAGGUUGAUGAGGAGAGUCGAGAGUUUGCUUUACUCAAUCCAGCUACCGCAAACAAGAAUGCGGCGCGUAAGACUGCAGUGGAAGACGAGGAGGAUGAAUCGGACAGGAUGUCCUCCGACCUGUCAGAAGAUGAGGAUGAUUCGGAAGAUGAUGAUGAUGGUGGUGGUGGACAAGCCGAAGACCCGGACGAGGACAGUGAAGAGAGUGACGAUGGAGAACUUCUCCAAUACGAUCCUCGGAAUGUCAAACGGACCACAGCCAAACCUUUCGCUCGACCUGAAUCGGGUCCUCUGCGCAAACCCCGACUCAUCAUUGGUGAUGAGAGACAUGCGGGUCCUUCUUCCAGCGAUACAUUUGGUAAACGAGCUUGGUCACAGCAGAUUAAGCCUACAAAGGCUAGCAAGAAGGAUGCUCGGAUGGACGGUGUACUGGCCAUGCGGAGAGGCACGGACGGAGGGAUGGAGAUGUCCUUUGUUCCGCAAGGAUCAUCCAAAUCUCGUGCUGGAGCUGAGAAUGAUUGGGCCUCAGAUGAUGAUGAUCUGGGGCCGAAGGGUGGUAGACCGAAUCGUUCCAAAGUUGAGCGAUUCGGUGCAGGCAUGGAAAGAGGUCAAGAAGAUCAGUCAGAGGCAAGGGAGGGUGAUCGGGGAGGCAGGACGAGGCGAAGAGAUGUGUCAAGGAGUGCGUCGAAGAAUACGUUUAGGAGGAAGUAG